AGCCGGGCGGGGGGCGGGGGAGGAGGCAGGCGCUGUUUCCAGCUGGUUCGCCGCCCUCCCCUCAGCGGGGUUGCGGGGCCUGGAGCUGGGCUGGUUCCGGCGGUUGGCGGAGCCUGGCUGGAGCGGUUGCCGCAGGUGAUUGAUUGUCUCUGCGAGGCCUGCAUUCAUCUGCCAGACUCUUCCUCCGGUGCUGCCCCCGGGGUCCAGGCCCUACCUGUGCCACGGCUGCGGCCCGCCAGUGUCGAUACCCGUGUGCUGUGGGGGCUGUUCUUAGUGACGAGACUUAAGGGUUGCUACAAGAGGGGAUUUUAAAAGUAGUUUAGAGGAACAACAGGAGCCUUCCUUCCCUGCACCAGAAAAUUGAUAUCCCUGUCAACAGGAAGGAGAACCUUGAUUUCUGCUAUACUCUAGUACCAGUUGAAAGAUGGAUGAUGAUGACUUUGGAGGAUUUGAGGCAGCAGAGAGUUAUGAGUUUGGAAAUGGUGAAAAGCAGACUACAUCCCCUGCUAUUGCCUGGGCAGCAUUUCCUACAGUGUCUGAAGUCCAUAUAUCUCCCGAUGUUCUUCUGGAGAACCCUGUGCUUUCUUCCUGCCUGGUUCCUUCUGACUCAUUUGGUUUAUCAGGUGAUAACGUGGCAACAGCUAUUCAAACAGUCAACAAUGUUAUAAACACAGCUGUUCCUGAAGAACAGAUUCAAGCAGAUAUUCCAGUUGCCUCUUUGAAUGUAAUUGAAGACAAGACUUUAGUUACAUCAACCAUUGCUUUGGCUGAUGCUGAGACACAGAGAACAAAUGAACCGAAGAGCUACCUUCAACAAGCUUUUGCAAACCUAGAAAUCAAGCUUUGCACUGCUGAAGAAGAAAAAUUAAAAAUUAAAAAGAAAUUAGAAUAUUUACUGGAAAAACAUAGUAUUCUAGAAAUGGAUUUCUUGAAGGAAAAAAAAGAAAAAGUAAUUUCACAUCAAGAUCAUUACAAGACGCUCCAGGAAAAGCAUAAGCAGGAGUUAGAAGACAUGAGAAAAGCUGGACAUGAAGCCUUGAGUAUUAUUGUUGAAGAAUUCAAGGCACUGCUACAAUCUACAGUUCAACAGCAAGAAGCAGCUAUUGAAAAACAGUAUAUACUAGCAAUUGAAAAACAUUCUCACAAAUGUGAAGAACUUCUUAAUACUCAGCAUCAGCGACUUCUGGACAUUUUGGAAGUGGAGAAGGAAGUGCUAUCCGGAAAGAUAGAAGAGGCUUUGAUGCAGCAGUCACAAAAACACAAGGAAGUGCUUGACAAAUGUUUGGAUGAAGAAAGACAAAGAAGUAAGGAGGCUGUGGCAGCUGCUGCAAAGGCUGAAAAAGAAGUAGUGCGGCAGACUGUUCUGAAAGCAGUAGAGGAAGAGAGGAGAAAUAUGGAGAAGAUUCAUGCAGAAGAAAGAAAAAUGUGGGAAGCAGAACGUGACAGACAUGAAGAGAAGAUUGCCCAGGCUGUCUGGGAAGCCAUGCAAGAGCAAAGAAAGCAUAAUCAAGAAAUUGUCAAGGAAGCAUUAAUGGAAGAGCAAAAACGAAGUGAAAAGGCAAUUGAAGAAGCAGUGAAAAGGACAAGAGAGGAACUGAUGGAAUAUAUUAAAGAGCAGAAAAGGCUUGAUCAAGUUGUCCGUCAGAGAAAUCUACAUAGUUUGGAACUUUUCCUCUCAUGUGCACAGAAACAGUUAGGCGUUUUAUUAAAGGAAGAGCCAACCACAACAGAGGAAAACGGAGACUGACAUUCUCAGUACUGCUGAUACAGUGUGAUUUGUGAAGCUGCAAGUCUCAAUCCAGCAAAUGACAAAUAUAUUCUAAUCUUUUAGGAUUGUAUCAUUGAUUCAAGAUUGAUCUGAAACUAUGCUUGAUAGAAGUAUUUGUGGAUGAUGUUCUUUUAUUUAUUUAUUUAUUUUACUCCUAUUAUCAGAUUGCAAAUAUGGGAGGGGAAAAAAAUCCCUGGAAAGAAUUGUUUUUAUUUAUGAUUUUUCUUUCAUUAUGUUUUCUAGUAGCCCAUGAUUGAAGUUCUAGAUAACUGCAGGAAUGAUGAAAAUGUUUCCCUGUUAUGUCUGGUUUAAAUCUGGCAUCAUGCAUUGAUGUACUUUAUCAGUAUUUUUGAUAUUUUAAAAGAUGGAGAAAAACAUUUAAUUGAAUAUAGACACAAACCCGUCUCCACUUCCAAAGUACAUGCCCAAGUGCAUUGCCUCAGGUGAGCCUGAGCUGCUUCUUAUUUCCUGCUUGUUUUGAUGUGUAACAGAAGAAUCAGUACUGAAACGUAAGAGUGUUGACAGGCAUUUCUUUAGUCAUUUAUAAACAACUCCAGCUCUGGUAAUAGGAAAGUUUAAAAACUAAACAGUGCAUCUUCUUAGAGUAGUGCAAAACAUUGCCAUAACCGAUAUAUAGUAUGUAUUUUAUUUCUGUUUUACAAAGCUAGUUUGAUUCCAAAAGUCGUUUUCUCAUGCAAGUACCAUUAAUGUGACUGACCUCAGUUUCAGGAAGAAGAUGUAUGUAAUUAUGUGGAGGCUGAUACUGCACUGCUUCAGUGGAAUUUCUGACAGAAUAAGGAGUGCAAUUUGCUGACCUCAGAUGCCCUUUCUAAACCCAUUGAAGGAAGUAGAAAACUCCCCACUGACAUUCUUGGACUUUGGAUCAAGUCGUAGGUCUUUCUAGUCUUGCUAACGACAGCAUGGAGGGGAAUUUCUGUGCCUACGCUCUAUUGAUUGUAGAUUUGGGGCCUUAGUUAUAAAAGAGUUCUGAAUGAAACAAGGGAAAAUAAAUGCUCACACUUAGGAACGUAAAUAAACUGAGAAUGAUAUCUCUUGUGGUGAGCUUGUGAUUCAGUGGGGGACCUAUGGGCAUUUUUUAGUGUCGUUCUUGUUAUUCAGUGGUGUUUUGGGUUUUUUUGUUUGGCUGGGUUUUUUGCAUCAGCAGUCACUUUUCAUAAAUUGCUUUUUUAUAGCAAUAAGGAAACACUAAAUGGUUGCGUAUGUAUUUGGCAGUAUGAAAUAUGUAUUGCAGAGAGUUUAGGUUUUUAUUUAGAUCUUUUUCUGUGCUUCAUUUUUGUAAUCAAAACCAAAGGUUUUGUCUUCUGUAUGUAUAUGUUCCCUGAAGAAGUAAAUAAUUCUGAUUUUCCUAGGUGAUGACCUCAGCCUACAAAUGGAUGAAAAUCCAGUCUUCUUUUUGAUAUUUCUUGAUUGACUGAUCAGUUUCCAUUUCUUCUGGCAGACCAAAAAAUACUUUUGUGUUAAUGAGUUGCCUGCUUAUUUAUCGUUUCUAAACCAGUGAAAUUCUUGUCUUUGUCAACUGCACCAAAGGUGACACAGAUGUCCACGUGGGUUUUUUUUGGAAAGUAGAGGCAAUGUAAAAUAAAAUUGGUUGUCUAGUGCUGUCUCAAAAUCUAUGUUUAAUUGUGGAAGUGUGGUAUGAGCAGAUUCCUAGAUGAACUUCAACACUCUUGUUUUUACUUCUAGGCCUGUACAUGGAAUGGUAUUGCAUUUUACUGAAGACCUCAAAGUGUUCCCCAUCAAAGCCAGAGCCUUAGCAGUAUAUCAGCAUUCUCCUAUUAAAGAGUUCUAUAUCCUGACUUGCAACAAUAUGUAAAAGCACUUGUUGGAGAAGCUUAUGAUUGGAGUCAGUAAGAUUUCACUGGCAACUAUGGUAUGUCUUUCCCAUUAGAACAUCACGUGUUCUUUAAUCUCAGUUCUUGAAUAUUGUGAUUGACACAGAGAACUGUGGAUAUUUUUUCUUACCUUUGACAGUUUUAGUCCUUUAAUCUUUUUCUCUACCCUGCAAGCAAAACUGCAGAAUUAGACCACAGACAUACAAGAUCAGAUUGGGAGCUUGGAUUACAUUCAAAACUCCCAAGUCUCAGAGAAGAAAUUUAGUUACCCAGCAGAAAAAGAUUUAUCCAGUAUGUGAGCUUCGGAGUAUGCAAUAACCUCCAUCUUCUCCACAUUGCAUCUAAAGCUUUAAAGCUUAGUUUUAUUUUUCAUUAUUUCUACCUAACCAUAGGAGAAUAAAGUUUUGUGGAAAUUUAGGAGGAGGGAAGGCAGGGAGAAGUUUGCAAAACCCAGUCUAGCUCCUAGAAGGUGUCAUCACAAUUUUAUUUUAUUUUUUUUAUUCCUACAUACAGACUGAAGAAUGACAUAUAAGAGAAAAUAAUAGGUUCAAGGCCUACAGGGUAGAACUUUGCCUGCCUCUGAGGCAUGGCUGCUAGUGUAACAAUUUUGGCAAGACAGAUAUGUAAUGGGAGGAACAAGAAGCCCUAGAACUAAUCCUUAGAAUUGAAAUGCAAGAACUAAAAUGUUCAAGCUAGUGACACUGCAGUCUAGAACAUCACCAAAGCUCAUAUAAUAUACAUGUUAUAUAUAUGACUGUGUACUUUAUAUUAGAAAUAAACCACAAAUCUUGUUAUGUAGAAAUGUAUUUUAAACAAUUAGUUGUGUGUAUUAAAAGUUACCUAAAAGACAGGGUAACAGUAGAUCCAGUGUAUAUAAAGGUGUCUUUCAUUGGUGUCAGUCAGGCCCAUUCUGUUUUAACACUUCUACUUGAUGGUCUACAGCAGCGAAGAUCAGAACAGUGAAGUUUAUAACUAAUAGUUUAAUAAGUUAAUACUGAAUAUUGUGAUAUCAUACAGUCCUACACCCUACACAUUUGUGUUAUAUUUCUGUAUGUUUCUGUUCACUCCCUAUCUGCUUCCAUUACAGAAUUCUAGAUUAGGUCUGAGACUAUGUGUGUACAAGUCAUUAACAAAGAAGAAAUCAUUUACCAUACACUUUUUUGUACGCUGUCUAUAGUUAAGAUAUGGGAAUAUUUGAAUUUUUGCCUUGCUCUAAGAAUCUCAUUGACAAAUGACACUUGAAUUUCUUCAAGCAUUGAAUUCCUUUACUCCGUCAUAAGAAGGCAGAACAAAGAAAAAGCAGUAGUCAUUCCAGAGGCUGAGAUUGCAUUAGUGUUUUGAGAUUUUUUGUGCAUCUUUACAUUGGCAUCUGAUCAAAAGUUGCCUCAUGUCCUGCCAGCUCAGUAAAUGGCAAUGUUAAUUCCUGACUGUCUGAAAUUAUCCAUGGAGACAUGACCUUAAAGAGCCUAAUUUCUGUUCACACAGAAACUCCCUUAUAGCACUCUAGACCCUCCUCUUCUACUGUGUGUUUUCUAUCUCCACAUAUUUGAACUUACAGAUUUUUUCCCCACCCCUUGGAUGAAGGGAAUAUGUGAUAAGAUUUCAUCUUGUUUCCUAGCAGGAAAUAGCCACCGAUAAAAAUUGUUCAUCAAGGGGACAGAUACAAUUUAUGCUCACUUUCAGAUCACGUACAGUGUCAGUGGAGUUAUCAAAUGGACUUAGUGCAAAUGCAAAAUGAGCUGGAUUGGAUACCCAAUCUAGCUUCCAGCUAGUUAGCUUUCUUGAUGCCAGAUGGGUAGCUGUUAAAGCAUAGAGCACAGCAUGGUCUAACAAGCCAUUUACAUCUUUCCCCAGCUGCAUUGCAGCCUACACCAAGCUACCUGAAAUACAGUUUCCUUUAACUGGUUUAGGUACUGUAAACUUUCUUGCAGGAGUGACUGACAUGUGGAUGAGAUUGUCUUAAAAAUUUUUACAUGGCCGUUCUGAAUACUAUAUAGGAAUAUUUUAUAACAUCUGUGGCAUUCCUUUUUCAUCAAUGGUUUAUAAAUGUGCCAAAGAAACGUUGGUCUGGAAAACACUUUUUACACAGGUAUAGUUUGGGCCUUCAAUUCACUUCAGUGUGCUUGCAGGAACUGACAAAACAAAUGUUUUCUUUUCUGUGAUCUGCCCAAGAAUAUUGUUCUUCUAAGGCUUCAAGAAUCGAUGGCUUACCUGCUAGAAUAGCUUAAGCACAGUUUUCUUUAUUAAUUUUUAAGCCUACAUAAAACUAAUAAUACUGCUGCUGAAUUAGAGUCACAUUUGAACAGUUGAACAUCAUGGGGAAACCAUCCCAGUUGCACUCUCUUUGGCUCAAGUUUUGUAUUUGCCUUUGAAAGCAUAUGCUUUGUUAGCUAAAGGAAAGCACUGAGGUGUAUAGACGUCUCACUGUAGACAUUACCUAAGCAGUUCACUUGCCAUGGUGAUGCAGUAGCUAAAAAUGCCCUCGUCAAAGCUCCCUCAUACAUGGAGCAAAAGGUCAGUCUUGCUUUAUGCCAUUUGUCACAGAUAGACAUUUGCCACAUGGUAGGUUAUGGUGUUUACAUUUCUGUGGGAAGCAUUGCUAGCAUUACAUUUUAAAGACCUAUCGAAAUAUAGAAGAAAGUGGUGAAAGUCAACUGUAGGUGCUGGUAACAACAUAGUAUUUAGCAACACAACGCAAAGAUGAUUUUUUUUUUUAUUCAUCUUGUUUAUUGUAUAGUGUGUAUUUUAAACUUGUAUCACCUUUCAGUGAUACAACAUUCCUGUGAUAAUAAUAAUAACAAUAAUUUCCUGUGAUAGAUGUGGUAUCAGUAUUUUAUCCACAUCUUAGAUGCUGUGUAAUUAUAAUAAUUUUAAUAUGCAUCAGAGAUUCAUAUUUGUUUAUAUUGCCUGUAAUUCCUCACAUUUCAGACUUGCUAAACCGGCAUUUUUUAGAUGCUUUCCAUUGUCUGGCGUGGAUAAUACAAUACACAAAGAAAGUAUUAUUGAAUAAACACUCAAGACUAUUCUA